AUGUCCUGUGUCCUGACCCAAAACCCCGGCUUCGAAGCCGGCAUGACCGGAUACUACCCGUCCGAAAACACCAUCGCCUACGUCGCAACCAAUCACGAGGUCGCCUACGCCGGGAACAACUUUCUCGACAUCGCCGUAACCAGCAUCGCCCCCAGCGGCACCGUCUCUCAAAACCUCGUCAACCUCGACACCACAACCCCACACAACCUCACCCUCUACGUGCGCAUCGACCAACCCAUCCCGAGCGCGCUGCAAUGCACCGUGAGUGCCUCUGUGGCUUCCGCGCCGCAGGACCCCAUCACUUCCGACCUGAUUUGGAAUGCGGGCGAGUGGCUUCGGCUCACGGGGCUGUUUACGCCCAGCCAGGCUGACGAUGUGCUGGAUAUUACGGGCGAAUGUGCGUUCCAUGCCGAUUUCCCGGAGUACACGUUCAAUCAUGUUUUUAUUGAUGAGGUUGUGCUUUCGGAUUGUGAUACUGAGUAGAGGUGUUUGGACACUGGUUCAUCGUGGAGGG